AUGUCGUUCCUCGGUGGCGCGGAGUGCUCUACGGCGGGAAACCCAUUGACACAGUUCACAAAACACGUCCAAGAUGAUAAGUCUCUACAGCGAGAUCGGCUGGUUGGCCGUGGCCCCGGUAUGCAAGAAGGAAUGCGUUCCCGUGGUAUGAUGGGCGGUCAAGACCAGAUGAUGGAUGAUUUCAUGCAACAACCAGGACAGCAAUUAAAUGGACCCUCCCCUCAACCUUUCGCGAUGGAGCAAAUGCGCCGUGAGCUCGAGAACUUCCAAACUGCCUCACCCCGCACAGGGACCCCCGCCUGGGCGGCCGAGUUCGAUCCCGGCGAGCAGGCUCGUAUGGAAGCCGCAUUCCCUGGUGCACAGAUGAACAAUGGAUCUGGAUUUACACCAGCGGAAUUUGCCCGGUUCCAGCAGCAGAGUCGUAUGGGUAUGCCUCAAACAUCCAGUCCCGCUACCACGGCUACCCCGCCCAUGAUGGCAGGGUACCAGCGGCCGAUGGGAAUGGGGAUGGGAGGCAUGUACGGCGGUAUGGGUGGUAUGGGAAUGAUGCGUCCCAUGGGUGGAAUGGGUGGACCGAUGAUACAACAACAGCCCGUCGAAGGUACUACACAAGAUAAGGGCAAGGGUCGAAUGGUGGAGUUAGACGAUGAGAACUGGGAAGCCCAGUUUGCCGAGAUGGAGACCGCUGGCAAUGAGACCCAGACGGAUGAAGAAGCAAAUGCAGCGAUGGAGGCAGAGUUGAAUGAGCUGGAUAGGUCAGUGCCCACCUCCGAUGAUGCCUUUGAGUCCGUUUGGGAGCGAGUUCAAGCUGAGACAGCGGCGAGUAGAAAAUUGGCGGAGCAAGAUGACUUCGAGGUCACAGAUAACGUACACGUUGGUGACCUAGGAGACUGGGAAGGCUUUGAUAGCCUCAACACACGAUUCCGCGACCCCCAGCUGGGCGAUUACAUGUUUGAAGAGGAAAAUGUCUAUCAAUCAGUCAAUAACCCAUUCGAGGAGGGAGUGAAAAUCAUGCGAGAGGGUGGCAAUCUUUCAUUGGCAGCCCUUGCCUUUGAGGCUGCUGUCCAGAAGGACCCUCAGCAUGUGCAAGCAUGGACAAUGCUGGGCUCAGCACAGGCUCAAAAUGAGAAGGAAUUGCCUGCAAUCCGGGCUUUGGAACAGACACUCAAGAUCGAUUCUGGAAACCUGGACGCCUUGAUGGGCCUUGCUGUUUCUUACACCAACGAGGGUUAUGAUUCGACUGCGUAUAGAACACUAGAGCGCUGGCUGUCUAACAAAUACCCGACAAUCAUUGACCCUAAGGAGGUCUCUGGUGAUGCAGACCUCGGAUUCACAGAUCGUCAACUACUUCAUGAUCGUGUUACAGAGCUUUUCAUUCAAGCAGCUCAACUUUCCCCCUCCGGAGCCCAGAUGGACCCGGACGUGCAGGUUGGUCUGGGUGUGCUUUUCUAUUGCGCCGAGGAGUACGAGAAGGCAGUUGACUGCUUCUCUGCUGCAUUGGCUUCUACCGAGUCUGGUACCACCAACCAGCGCGAGCAGCUCCACUUACUUUGGAACCGUCUCGGUGCCACUCUGGCCAACUCUGGCCGCUCCGAGGAGGCCAUUGAAGCAUAUGAGCAAGCUCUUACAAUUAACCCUAACUUUGUGCGCGCCCGCUACAACCUCGGCGUUUCUUGCAUUAAUAUCGGCUGUUAUCCCGAGGCUGCACAGCACCUGCUGGGCGCUCUAUCCAUGCACCGUGUGGUCGAGCAAGAGGGUCGUGAACGUGCUCGCGAGAUUAUCAGUGGUGGUGGUGCUCCUGAUGGCCUUGAUGAUGAGCGCCUUGAGCGUAUGUUGCACAUCAGCCAGAACCAGAGCACGAACCUAUAUGACACACUCCGCCGCGUCUUCAGCCAGAUGGGACGACGUGAUCUGGCUGACCAGGUGGUGGCCGGUAUGGAUGUGAACGUUUUCCGCAAGGAAUUUGAAUUCUAG